GGGAGGAGAAGCAGCUUGAGGCAUCAUUAGAUGCACUGCUGAGUCAAGUGGCUGAUCUGAAGAACUCACUAGGGAGUUUCAUUUACAAGCUGGAGAACGAGUAUGACCGGCUGACCUGAUGUGGCUGAAUCUUGUAUCAAGCCUACUCUGGAAUGGUGAAUCCUAUUUCCAGGCCCUCUGUUCUAGACAGCUUUGCAUUGCUGUCUGGACAGUUAAACACUCUGAACAAGGUCUUGAAGCAUGAGAAGACACCACUAUUCCGUAACCAAGUCAUCAUACCUCUGGUGUUGUCCCCAGACCGAGAUGAAGAUCUCAUGCGGCAGACUGAAGGACGGGUACCUGUUUUUAGCCAUGAGGUGGUCCCUGACCAUCUGAGAACCAAGCCUGACCCUGAGGUUGAAGAGCAGGAGAAGCAACUGACAACAGAUGCUGCCCGCAUUGGUGCUGAUGCAGCUCAGAAGCAAAUCCAGAGCUUGAAUAAAAUGUGCUCAAACCUUCUAGAAAAAAUCAGCAAGGAGGAGCGAGAAUCAGAGAGUGGAGGUCUCCGGACAAACAAGCAGACAUUUAACCCUGCAGACACCAAUGCCUUAGUGGCAGCUGUUGCCUUUGGGAAGGGGCUGUCUAAUUGGAGACCUUCAGGCAGCAGUGGUCCUGGCCAGCCAGGCCAGCCAGGAGCUGGGACGAUCCUUACAGGAGCUUCAGGACUACAGCAAGUACAGAUGGCAGGUGCUCCAAGCCAGCAGCAGCCAAUGCUCAGUGGGGUACAAAUGGCUCAAGCAAGUCAACCAGGGAAAAUGCCAAGUGGAAUAAAGACCAACAUCAAAUCAGCUUCAAUGCAUCCCUACCAGCGGUGAACAUGGAUGACAGCCUCUACUCCCAGGUGAUACUGCAGAGUUGGGCAGUGAAAUUACCUUUUGCUCUAGGCUCACCUACAUGGGUGCAGCAACAGACAAAUCCCAGCUCCACCAGUGAAUAGCUAUGUGAUGUUGGCCAAGUGACCUACUUAUUCUGGGCCUGUUUUCUCAUUUGUAAAUGGUGAUAAUACCUACCUCAUAGGGUUGUUGUGAGGAUUAAAAUGAGAAAAUGAAUGUAAAACACUUAGCACAAUAUAUGGAAUAAUGGGUAUUCAAUAAAUGGUAGUUUCU